UUAUGAGACCUGAAAGUGACAAUAAUUUGUAUUAGUACAUUCAUUUGAUGAUUCAUAAUGUAGCUCAAAGUGUGUGUUUUUACAUUGACACUUGCAACAAAGACAUAACCAUGGGCCAUAGCCUCACAUUUCUAAAAGCCACAUAAUUACAACAAAUAGCUAAUUUCCUCUUUCUAGUGUUAAUUUAUGACAAUUAUAUGUGUCAUUGCUUUGUUAAUACAAAGCACUGCACUUUCUGCACAUUAUGAGAACAUUUCUAACCACACAUUUCACUCUGCACACAGAUGUUUCAAAAAUACAUCUGUGGUAAAAGUGCAAGCCCCUCCUACAAACCUUCCAGCUAAAGCUGCAAUAGAAAGCAAGUGUAAAAAUGUACCGCUUCCUGCUGUAUAAACCAAAAUUUUAAUUGGCUAAAGGAGGAAAUGGUGUUUGGAAUUGGGAUUGGUCUUCAAGCAUGACUCUCCACAUGAAACCCUGUAGCUGUAGAAAUAUUAUACAGCAGCAGCUUAAUUUGGUCUUCAAAUGAUGACAGUGACAACAUAUUCAUUAUUUAAAGUCUCUUUCUCUGGAGUUCAGUCUUUGUGUUUCAUGUUCUUAUGAAAGCCUGUUAUGCUUUAUCCUCAGUUAUGUCUCUCAAGGCCUGAUCUCGAUAACUCUUCUCUCACUUCGCUCUUACUUGAAAUGCUUCUCAUGCCCUACUGGGUCCUGCAGUACUCCCACAGAUGGACAAAAUUAACAUCUUUAUUUAACUCCGAGCACUCUGUUUUCAUGAACAGGGCAGCAUGGCACAGACCACAAUGAAAUGCCAGUCGCGUUAUGGGCAGAGGGACCUGAGGUGGAAAUGGGCUGGGGUUAGAAAUACACCAUACAACGAGCCCGUUAGAGGUCAAGCAGCAAGGGGCAAAUUUAUCUUUAUCUGACACAGUCAGCUUGUUGGAUUGACAACCUAAAAUUGAUUAAAAUAAUCAAAUGAUUUCUUUUCUCAGCAGUAUCAACACACAAAUAACAUGUAAAUUGUACAUGCGACAACACAAGAUUUGACAAAAUUUUUUUGCCGAGCCUAUUUAAUUAAUAUUUGCUACAGCAGAAGCAGAAUUAUUGUUCAAUCAAAUCCUUUAUAACCAACAUACAGUAGUCCUACUGUCUAGUGUCUAUUCAGAUACUUUACAUCACAUUACUUAGGAAUACAAUAAAUCAAAAAUGAAAAUUACUAUUAACCCUUGCACGUUGCUUAUAUAUCAUUGUCUCCUUUUGUCAGAUCAACAGUGCAAAAAAAAAAAACAGGCAGCAAAUCCUCACAUUCUAGUAGCGUGAACUAGCAUGUUCAGAAUUUUUGCUUAAUAAACAAUUUUUUUUGCUAUAAAAUUUUUGUCUAACUUACAAUAGAACAACAUCGUUUUAGUAAGGAUCUUGUAUACAGUAACUGACCUGCUUUGGAGGUUUUAUUAACUAUUAUACUGUAAAUCAGUAAAAUCGUAUUGAAACUAGCUGUGAUUCUGGGAGGAAGAGAUGUUCAAAUAUUACUGUAAGAACUUCUUGACGCCCCACUUUCUCAAAGCAGUUGUGCCUGCAUGAACAUAACAGAUACAGUAUAUCUGCCCCAUGCUUUCUCUCCCUUCACAGUCAUUCACUGACAAACGUAAAAAGAAUUUCUUCUUUACACGAAAGUUCCCAUUCUACAAGAACAAAGAGGGUGAGCAGGAUGGCAGUGAUUCAGACCGACAUCCUGGGAAUAAGUGAUGAUGGAUAUGGGACAAAGACAUCCAGGAGUCAAGAGGACAUGAUUCUUUCAUAUGAACCUGUGAUCUUGCAAGAAAUUAGUUAUGCCAGACCCAUCAUAAUCCUUGGACCAAUGAAGGACAGAAUCAACGAUGAUCUGAUUUCAGAAUUCCCAGACAAGUUUGGGUCUUGUGUGCCACAUACCACUCGGCCUAAGAGGGACUACGAAGUGGAUGGGCGAGACUACCACUUUGUGAUGUCCAGAGAACAGAUGGAGAAAGACAUCCAAGAGCACAAGUUUAUUGAGGCGGGACAGUACAAUAAUAAUCUGUAUGGAACAAGUGUCCAGUCUGUGAAAUAUGUGGCUGAAAGGGGUAAACACUGUAUUCUGGACGUGUCUGGAAACGCCAUCAAAAGACUACAAGUAGCACAACUCUAUCCCAUCGCUAUCCUUAUAAAGCCUAAGUCCACUGAUUCAUUAAUGGAUAUGAAUAAGAGACUGACAGAGGAACAAGCAAAGAAAACAUUUGACAGGGCUACGAAGCUGGAGCAGGAGUUUGGUGAAUUCUUCACAGCACUGGUUCAAGGAGACACCUUAGAGGACAUUUAUAACCACUGCAAACAGGUCAUAGAAGAACAUUCAAGACCCUAUAUCUGGACCCCUUCAAAGGAGAAACUAUAAUAGAUCAUUCUGGAAAGGAGUCCGGACUGCUAAAAACUAAUAAUAAGUAGCAUAUGAAAAUGUAUGGUGAUCAGUAGUCUACAUAAAUAAUUAUUGUGAACAUUGUUUCCUAUUUUAUUGUUUCUUUGGUUUGGUUAUUUCAGUUUUCACUCAACAUGAAUGUUCCUGAAUGUAAACCACAAUGUGUUAGGAAAUUGGUCUUGAAACAUGAACAAUUUGUAUACUUGCUGAUAUUUAUUUUAACAAAAAAAAAGAAGAAGAAAUGAAAUGGAAACUAAAUAAAUAAUGUUACAGUAUGUGUCCAUAUUGGCACUGAGUAAAAUUUUAAUCAGGAAACUGAAGGUGAUAUAUACAAAUGAGAUGUCUUUGUUUUGCUAGCAUAGUGAUCAAGGAACAUACAUAUUCCAGCUGUGACACCUGCACCCUCCCUUCAUAUUACAGCAAAUUAUCACAUGAAGUUCAAUAUUUUAUCUAAUUUUGCAUCUGCGCAUUGCCUCAACACUCCUUUGCUUUGUCUGUUUACAUUGUCAUUUUGUCCUUAAAUUACUGUAUUUAUUUCUCUGACAUGACAUUAAAGAUGGUGUUGACCAGUCUGGAAAAACCGGCAAGAGGAAGCUCGAUUUUGAAAGUAGACAGAGGAAAUCCCACCCUGACUUCUCUCCAAAGCCACUCCUCCAAAACAUAUGCACUGCCUGACUACUACUUACAGAUUUCAGGAAAAUAACGAUUGUGAUAAUUAUCUGUCCUGCAGAAAUACCACCAUGGCGCCACUUUUCAGCCCAUUUUGUUCUCUCAAUUGUUGCCAUUUUUUUCAAAAGCCACAGCAAAGUUAAUUCUGGUUUUAUUUCUUGCAACUUAUUUUCAGUUGUAACUUUCUUGAUUACGACAUUUCCCACGCAGAUCUGCUGCCCCAAACCAUUGGUGGGGACCUCUGGUUCAUAGCUUUAGCCCAGGCUCGUAGCCAAUAAAUAGCUUUAGAAGUCUGGGCUUUUCCGGUGGGGAGAAGUGAAGAGGGAGGCCCGCUCACUGUGUUAAAUUCCAGCAACAUUACCUGUCUUAAAGAGAAAGGCUUGACCUGUAAAAACAAGCUCCAUCUGUGAACAAAAGCUGCUGUGGGUACCUUUUCUGCCAUGGUUCGCUAGCUUUAGGUAUCAAAACAGAGCGGUAACACAUCUUCCUGAAACUGCAGUGCCUUGUGGGAGACUUCUGGCUCAUGCAAGUUCAUGGGCAGAGUGCAGACAAGUAGUAAAUUAAGUUGACAGGCAGGUACGCCAUCCAAUGGUUCAGCUUGAGAUGAGUAAAAUCAGGCACUUUUCAGCCCUACUACUGCCACAGAUGACAGAUUUUUUUUUAUGUUGUCAGUGCAUUUAAUGUAUUUAUUGAAAAGAGAAUUUUGAGGUAUGUAAGAACAAAUGCUUCGGAAAAGAAUUGCCAAUCCUUCCUUUAAGUAUGUGCAAGAGGUUUAUUUUAUGCGGUGGAAAAUGUUAGUUUUUUUCUUAAAAGCAGACGUUCAUUCAGCUGCUGCAUUGACAAUGAUAAGUAAAGGCAGAGUCGCUAUCUGUAACAGAGAAAACUAUUAAUUAAAUUGUCAGAAGGCACAAAAGCACAGAAUUAUUUAAUACUGCAAUCAUAACUGAUUAAAAGCUCAUUUGCAAGAGCAUAUUUUAUCUGAGUGCUGUAGUAUGUUGUGACUGUGUUAGGAUGGAUGGAAGAAUCUGAUGCUCACAGUAUUUUGUAGAGUUAGAGAAGGAGGAUGUUCAGAAUGGUUGAAUUUAAUACUGAUACACAUUUUUGUUUUUGAAACUAACAGCAGCAGGACAGAAAGAAAGUAUAGAAAUGAGGUAUGAAAAUAUUUGGUUAAAAAAGGCCAAAACAGAGAAGGCAGAACAUUAAAAAUAAAGUGAAAACAAAUUGGACAAAAUGCAGACAAAUGUCAUGUAUUCUGUAGUAAUAAUGUAGAGAGAAUUAAAGACUAUAAAGGUGAGUUUUUCAGCUUCGCUCUGACGAGGAUACUGAGUCAGAUAUUCUGUCCUAAUAAGAAAAGUUUGAUAAGAAUGAUUUAAAUCUUUGGAAGACCCAACAUUCCAUCUGGUCCAGUGACCGGAGACUGCUCCCUCGUUUAUAUACAAUAAAAGCACGGUCAUUUCCCAUACAGUGUUUCCCUGUCCCUGCAGUGGAGGGACAGUAACACAAAAAAUGAACUAUACUGAAAAGACUAUCUUGAAAAAUAGCAGCUUGAUGUGUCUAACCCAGACUACUGAAGCCUCACAUUAGUAUAAUAUAAACAUUUGGAUACAUUUUUGCACAGAAUGGGGACUGUACUUUGUCCCCUACUACUUAGAUUGCAAGUGCAUUAGGAAGGCAUCUCAAAGUGUAAUAUGAAGGGGGGGUGACUACAACAAGAAACACCUGUUUCAGUUUUCAUAUGGGGACCUGCCUAAUGUUUUAAGACCUAUCAUUUAGUUGCUUAAUAUGAAGAUGUAAAUCCUUACACCGACAAUGAACACAAAUAUCAGUUAUUGCUGACCUCAGCUUAAAACACUAUUAUACCCUCAGGUGACUUAUCAUUGCAUGUUUGUCAUUGCCUCUGGUUCAAACAUAAGAUGCUGUGAGACAAUUACAAUCUUAAUUAGGAUAUAUUUUUGAAUUAUAGCCAUCACAACCUGACAAGAUAACAAUGGCUAUCCUAAAUCAGCUACAGCAAGCCCAGAGGCCUGAAUAAAAUGAUGUCACAUUUUUUGCCAUUUGGUUUAGAAAUGGAGUAGCCCUGAUGAUCCUGAGCAGAUGCUGGCAUGAUACAAUAUCCACUAGUUUACUCACCAGUGGCUUGCCUUGUUUGAAAGGGCAUACAAUAUAGUACCUCGCUUUCUUAAAUCAAAAAACAAAAAAGUAAAUAAAUAAAUAAUGUGGCAAAUAAAAACCCAUUAUGUACUUAAAGCAUGUGGCUGAUGCAUCUAACAGUGUGCUGACCUUCCUGUUCUGUUUAACUGCAAUGCCACUGGAUGUUGGAUUUCUAUGAGAAUUUUAGAUAUGUAUUCCUGCUAUUUGAUUUAGAUAGCAUGUUCACCCACCUGCUAUCAAGUAAAAAUAGUGCAUUUAAUUGUAUGUGUCUAAUUAAUGGGACAUUUCAAAAGUGCACUUAUAAUUCUUCACAACAAAAAUAGACAAAAUGAUAAUGAAUACAACUUUUGAAGGAAAUGCAACUCACAUCCGCUUAUUAUUGUGUUAGACAGCACAGUGAAAUCUGAGAAGACUGGACCCUAACCUGAUUGUACUGACCACAUGCUGUAGCUAUAGUGGAUUGACAAGAAGCACUUCAAUUUCUAAAAUGUGUGUACUUUUCAGAGAGGAUGUUGUUUUUAAGUACAGAUUACAUCAUAUUUAUAUUGUCCCUUAGGUUGGUUGAGUUUUGUGGCCCAUGGCAAAGGAAGUAUUUUUAUGCUAGUGGUUCUUUAUAUUAUUUGCAAUAUGUUGCAAGACAUCUAUCUUUUUCUUUUGUGCAAAUUUUCCAUAACAUAUUCUUCACCACUUGCCUUAACAGAGGUUUACUCUAUAUCAAAUAUGAUAGCUUACAAAUAUACUUUUCUUUUGAGAAUAAAAUUAGACAAUAAAAACAAUUUUAUUUGGUCAUCCUUUACAUGUACACUUUUAGUGAAAGAAGGCUGAAACAAAUCUAGGGUAUAGGGUAAUUUAUCUGUCAUUACGCUGAGGGUGUUACCUUGUACUGAUAAAGUUAAGUGCUUAUUUUUUAAUUUUAUGUUAAAAAUUUGCUUGUUUGGACACAAGAAAUACUUUAAAAUUGUGUAUGACUAGACAUAUCAAUGUUUUGACCCUUGUUUUUGAAAAGGUGUUCCUGACCAGCAAUAUGAUGACAUGUAACUGAAAAUAUAAAUUCCUAUAUGGGCUUGAUACUAAUGCUAAACAUAAUACAGUACUUCCAAAAGUCAUUGUGAACGUGCCAGUGGAGUUUGUUGUGUGGAAAUGUAAGGGAUGUCUGACCUAUGCAUGUUGCAACAGUCUUUUGUGUUCUGUGGAUUUGCAAUAUUCAACACAAAUGAAACAUCGAGUUAUUAUGCUCUUUUCAGACAUGAUCAAACUGCAGAUUUGAAUCAUUCAA